AUGAUCCAGCUGCAGCUUCCCACCUCACACUCUGCCCAGGGCUUCCUCUCUGUUUGGGCAGAGCAGGACAUGGUGUUCUUCCUGAGCCUUCUCUUCCUACUCCUGCAGCCUGCACAUACAACACGGGUGAAAGUAAAGAAUUGCUUAGGAUAUUUGAGGCCAACUGUCUUCAGAGAUGGAGACCUGGUCCUGGGUGGGUUUUUCCCCCUUUACAACAUGAACCAGGACUCAGAGAUAUCCCGGAUAUCCUUUUUACUCCAACCAAAGACUGACGUGAGAGCCACCAGCUGGCUUUGGAAGAACUACCAAUAUGUGCUGGCUUUCUACUUUGCCAUCCAGGAGGUCAACAAGGACUCUCACUUGCUCCCCAACCUGACCUUGGGUUUCCAGGUCUACAAUGCCUUUUCCAGUGACCAGUUCACCUUGUGGAGCACUCUGCAUUGGCUGUCUGGAAAAAUGGACCCUCUUCCAAAUUACAACUGCCAGACACAGACCAAGUCUCCUGCUGUCAUUGCAGGAACCACAUCAGCAUUCUCAGCUGAGAUUGGAACCAUUCUGGAGCUCUACAAGACCCCACAGGUCACAUAUGGACCUUUUGAUCCCAUGCUAAGUGAUGAAGACCAGUUUCCAUCGCUCUAUCAGAUGGCCCCCAAGGACAGCUCUCUGGCCCAGGGAAUGGUCUCCCUACUGCUGCAUUUUGGCUGGACCUGGGUGGCACUCUUCAUAUCUGAUGAUUUGAAGGGAGAGCAGUUCCUGAGGGAUCUGAAAGCAGAGCUGGUAAAGAACGGUAUCUGUGUGGCCUUAACAGAAAAGCUCCCUGACACUAAGACAAUGUAUGGACCCAGCGACAUCACCUUCAUGAGUAGGAUCAGAGUCUCCUCUGCAAAUGUGCACAUACUCCAUGGUGAAGCAGGGAGCCUCAUCACCGUGGACCUUGCAGCAGAAUUCUUCUUAACCACAGGGAAGGUGUGGAUCAUGGCAGCAAAGUGUGAUAUCGUCAUGUCGGAAAUGAGCCACAUGCUGCACUCUUUCCAUGGAAGCUUCUCAUUCUCACCUCACAAGGGGGAGAUCCCUGGCAUCCAACACUUUCUCAAAACAGUUGACCCUUCCCACUAUCCAGAAGACUUUUACAUCCCCAAAUUGUGGUUGCACCUUUUUCAUUGUUUACCUGCUGGUUCACUAUGUGGAAAAAUUUAUAAUUGUCCUGAAAAUGCAUCCUUCGAGAUUGUGUCAGGAGUAAUUGACAUGUUGACCAUGUCUGACUCCAGCUACUUCAUCUAUAAUGCUGUGUAUGCACUGGCCCAUGUCCUCCAUAACAUGCUUAUUCAGAAAUCUGAAAUGGGAUCUUCAGAAGACACUGAUCAUCCUAGGCUUCUUCCCUGGCAGCUGCAUCUGUUCCUGAAGAAAAUCCAGUUUACAAACAGAGCUGGGGACCACAUCUCCCUAGAUGAGAAGAGCAAGCAGAUGGUCCAGUAUGAUAUCCACAAUGCUGUGAAUUUCCCUGCAGGGCUUGGGCUGCUGGUUAAAGUAGGAGAGUUUGUCUCCAAGAGUCCACUUGAUCAAGGCUUGGUCAUCACUGAAGAGAUGAUAGAAUGGCCCAUUGGAUUCACAGAGACUCCUCGAUCUGUGUGCAGCCAGAGCUGUGGUUCAGGAUUCUGGAACGUCCCCCAGGAAGGAAGGCCUGUCUGCUGCUUUGCUUGUGUGUUUUGCCCAGAGGGACACAUUUCCAACCACACAGGUGCAGGGCAGUGUGUCCUGUGCCCCACACAUGAGUAUCCUAACAGUGAGAGGACUCACUGCCUCCCCAAGAUGGUGACCUUCCUGGCUUAUCAAGAUCCCCUGGGCAUGGCGCUGGCCUGCACGGCUCUCUGCCUCUCUGCACUCACAGUUGCUGUACUUGGGGUCUUCGUGAGGCACCAACACACUCCCAUAGUCAAGGCCAACAACCGGACUCUCAGCUACAUCCUGCUCAUCUCCCUCACCUUCUGUUUCCUCUGCUCCCUGCUCUUCAUUGGCCGUCCCAACACAGCCAUCUGCACCCUGCAGCCAAUAGCAUUUGGCAUGGUGUUCUCUGUCGCUGUUUCCACUGUCUUGGCCAAAACUGUCACUGUGAUUCUGGCCUUCAAGGUCACUGCCCCAGGGAGAAGGAUGAGGCGGUUGCUGGUGUCAGGGGCACCUAACUACAUCAUUCCCAGCUGUUCCCUGAUCCAGCUGACUCUCUGUGGAGUCUGGCUGGGCAUCUCUCCUCCCUUUGUGGACUCAGACACACACUCUGAACAUGGUCACAUUAUCAUCACCUGCAACAAGGGCUCGGUCACUGCCUUCUACUGUGGUCUGGGAUACCUGGGCUCCCUGGCUCUGGGGACUUUCUUGGUGGCCUUCCUGGCCAGGAACCUGCCUGACACCUUCAAUGAAGCCAAGUUCCUGACCUUCAGCAUGCUGGUGUUCUGCAGUGUCUGGCUCACCUUCCUCCCUGUGCACCACAGCACCAAGGGCAAGGUCAUGGUGGCCGUGGAGGUCUUCUCCAUCCUGGCCUCCAGUGCUGGGCUCCUGGGCUGCAUCUUUGCCCCCAAGUGCUAUGUUAUUUUACUGAGGCCAGGUAGGAGCUCCCUACGUGGUUUCAGAGAUAAAACUCUUUGUGGGAGUAAUAAACCUUCUUGA